GAAAUGCACACACGCUGGAGGAAGCAGCAGCCCGCAGUUAACACUCCGUUGGCAAAGGUAGAGAGCUGAGCUGCAUGCGACCAGCAGCACCGGGGCCGCCAGCAGUCCAAGAGGGAGCGCCAUGUGCCGGACACCUCUGACCAGGCUGCUGCUCUUUCACCUGCUCCUGAUCAAGCUGCAUAUCGCGAAAGGCUCCGCCAAGGAGUGCGAAGAGGACCAGUUUCAGUGCCGGAACGAGCGGUGCAUCCCAUCCAUUUGGAAAUGCGACGAGGAUGACGAUUGCUCAGAUAAUAGUGACGAGGCAGAUUGCCCCAAGAAGACCUGUGCAGAAACUGAUUUUACUUGCAACAAUGGACACUGCAUUCCAUCCAGAUGGAAGUGUGAUGGAGAAGAGGAAUGCCCUGAUGGGUCUGAUGAAUCUGAAGCGACAUGCACCAAACAAAUAUGUCCAGCUGAAAAAAUUAGCUGUGGAGACUCCAGCAACAAGUGCAUCCCUUCUUCUUGGAGAUGUGAUGGAGAAAAAGACUGCGAAAAUGGAAUUGAUGAGGCUGGCUGCACGAAUUUCUGUUCUUCCAACGAGUUCCAGUGCAGCAACAAGACCUGCAUAGCUGCAAACUUCGUGUGUGAUGGUGACGAUGACUGUGGCGACGGCAGUGAUGAGAGGAAGUGCCCACCCCUCCGCUGCAACCCUAACGAGUUCCAGUGCAACAACAGCUUGUGCAUCCUGGAGCUCUGGGUCUGUGACAACCAUCCCGACUGUGAGGACAACUCCGAUGAGUCUGUUGAGAAGUGCGGCUACAAAGUCAAGCCUCCACCCACAAGCACCUGUGCAGCGCAUGAGUUCCAGUGCAACAAUGGAGAAUGCAUCCAUUUAAACUGGAAAUGUGAUGGAGAUGAAGACUGCAAAGACAAAUCAGAUGAACAAGGCUGCCCCCUCGUGACCUGCAGCCCAGACGAAUUCCAAUGUGGUGAUGGGACCUGCAUCCAUGGAGCGAAGCAGUGCAAUAAAGUGCACGAUUGCCCUGACAACAGUGAUGAAGCUGGCUGUGUUAAUGAAGCGGCGUGCGAGAGUCCCACCAAGUUUCAGUGUAAGAGUGGAGAGUGCAUAGAGGAAGUCAAGGUGUGCGAUUUACAAAUGGACUGCAGGGACUGGUCCGAUGAGCCUCUAAAAGCAUGUGGUAUGAAUGAAUGUGCACUCAACAAUGGUGGUUGCUCCCACAUAUGCAGGGACUUGAAGAUUGGCUAUGAAUGUGAAUGUCCUCCUGGAUACAAGCUUCUAGACAAGAAAACAUGUGGAGACAUAGAUGAAUGUGAGAAUCCUGACGCUUGUAGCCAGAUCUGCAUUAACUACAAGGGAGACUAUAAAUGCGAAUGCUACGAAGGUUAUGAGAUGGACACCCUGUCCAAAAACUGCAAAGCUGUAGGAAAGAGCCCAUACUUGGUUUUUACGAACCGUCAUGAAGUGCGCAAGAUUGACUUGGUGAAAAGAGACUACUCUCGCAUCAUCCCUAUGUUGAAGAACGUGGUUGCUUUGGAUGUGGAAGUGGCAACAAACAGAAUAUACUGGUGUGAUUUAUUCUACGGGAAGAUAUACAGUGCUUACAUAGACAAAGCCAGUGACACAGCUGAGCAGGUGGUUCUAAUAGACAGCCAACUCAACUUGCCUGAAGGUUUAGCGAUGGAUUGGAUACACAAGAACAUCUACUGGACAGAUUCGGGAAACAAGACCAUAUCUGUAGCCACAGUUGAUGGAAGUAAGAGGAGGACACUUUUCAGUACUAACUUGAGUGAGCCCAGAGCCAUUGCAGUGGAUCCAACACGGGGAUUCAUGUAUUGGUCUGACUGGGGUGACAUAGCAAAAAUUGAGAAAUCUGGCUUGAAUGGUGUGGAUCGGCAAGUGCUUGUAACAGACAACAUUGAGUGGCCAAAUGGUAUUACACUAGAUUUGUUGAACCAGCGUCUCUACUGGGUAGAUUCCAAGCUGCACUUACUUUCAAGCAUAGAUUUCAGUGGUAGCAACAGAAAAGUUCUGAUCUCUUCUGUGGAUUACUUGAGCCACCCAUAUGGAUUAGCGGUGUUUGAGGACAGGGUGUUCUGGACUGACUUGGAGAAUGAGGCAAUUUUCAGUGCCAAUAGGCUGAAUGGUCUGGACAUCUCCAUUUUAGCUGAGAACCUCAACAAUCCUCAUGAUAUUGUAGUCUUCCAUGAGCUAAAGCAGCCUAAAGCUCCCGACGUUUGUGAGCUCAGUUCUCUGCCAAAUGGAGGCUGUGAAUACCUUUGUCUUCCUGCACCCCAAAUCUCUUCACAUUCCCCAAAGUAUACAUGUGCUUGUCCUGACAAUAUGUGGCUGGGUCCUGACAUGAAAAAGUGCUAUCAAGAGCCUCCAACUACCUCAACUACUGUGCCUGCUUUUACUACAACUCACUUGCCCAAUUUUACCACUGUUGCUACUGCUGUUAUGACUACUGUUACUACUACCAUUGUUACAACCAGCAAUACCAGCAACAUCAGUACUGAAGGCCAAGAAACCACAUCACGAGUCUUCCUUGGCACUACAAGCCUUCGUGUACCCACAACCACAUCUAGCCUGGCUGACUCUAAGAUAACGCCAACAGGAAACAGCAACCUCUCUCAGCACUAUACUAAUGAUGGACAAGGUUUUGGAUCAACUGUGAUGGCAGCCAUUAUUGGAAUUGUUGUUCCUGUAGUGGUAAUUAGCUUGCUGUGCAUGGGAGGAUACCUCAUCUGGAGAAACUGGAAACGGAAAAAUACAAAAAGCAUGAACUUUGAUAAUCCUGUGUACAGGAAAACUACGGAAGAGGAAGAUGAAGAUGAAAUCCAUAUUGGGAGAACAGCACAGAUUGGGCAUGUGUACCCAGCACGUGUAGCAUUAAGUCUAGAAGAUGAUGGCUUGCCAUGAAGACUGCACCGACCCCAACCCCACAGCUGGUGGAUCAACCGAUAUGCACUGAACACAUUUGCUGUGGAUCAUGGAAUCCACCUUCUUUUGUCUCCUUCUCCCCCUCCCCUUUAAUUAUUAUUUAUGUUGCAGAAGGGUAACCACAAAGUUGUGAUGAACUGCCAGCAUCCAAAGGAUGUGAGAGUUUUGUAUGUAUAAUCUUUUAUACGCCUUUUAACUUCUUGCACUAUCCAUCUGAAAUAGUGAGGAGGCUGCUCUGCUGCUGAGCUACUAACUCGGUGAAUACAACCAGCCAGACCCAAGGGUCAGUAGCUUAUAUGUCAUUUUUAAAAUAAAAAAAGAACUAUAUUUAUAGACGUUUUGUAAAUAGGUCAAACAUACUUUGUGGCUAUCCAUCAACAUAAGAAAAAAGAGAGAGAGGUCUAUACAAGCUGAUUAGGAUAUUUAUUAACAAAUUCUGGAUAUAAAAUUUGUUCUGUACAUAGAGGGUGAGAGUAUUUAUUUUUUGUAUAUUUGGCUCGCUGUGCAUAGAUUAUCUGUGUAUAUAUCUAUCAAGACUGGAUAGGUAUAUAGACACACAUAUAUAUAUAUAUAUAUAAAUACAUAUAUAUAUAAUACAUAUAUAUAAAUGAAUGAAUAUAUUUUAGAAAGACUAGCCCAACUCUAUGGGAAGUAGGGUAACUGAAUUCUUAAGGGAUAUUUUGCAGAAAAUUUGCUUUGAAGUAUAAUGCCACUGAGUAAGAAUUAUAGCUGUUAUAGUAGGGUAGUCAAUAACUGUCAAAGAAACAAAGCGCCCAUAUUAAACCAAAUGAUGAUCUGGCAGAUGAAUCAGCUCAUGGCUGAAAUAUUAAUUCACAAUUGCCCCACUCUAGCUUAUGUUUUGCAUAUACGGGAGAAAUUAUCAUGCACACAUUGAGUUUUUACAGUGGGGAUUUGCCAUUCAGUUCAGUGGAGAGGUCAGUUUUGCAUACUAAGCUGUAUUGACAGAGGUGAACAGAAUAAAGUGAAAGGGAAGCCAAACAGCUCAAUGGGAACAUCAGGGCAAACACAGAAUUCUAGACUGGAGUCAAUGCCUGCAUCUUCCAAGCCAUUGGCAUGUUGAGAUACAAAUUAGCAAGCUCAGGUUGCUAUAUUCAUACCUUCCAAGAUUCAGUAUUACUAGAUUAAGAAGCUCUUCUCACGAUCAGUGAUCAGUGACCAUUAAGAGCUUAAGUCG